AUGAGCCAAACCACAUCCCCAGCUCGGCCCACAGUUGAUCAUCUGCGGCAUGUCGUCAACAACUACCCAAUCAUCGACAAUCACGCGCACAAUCUUAUCCUACCUCAACAUAUAGACACAAUACCAUUCGAAACCAUCACUACAGAAGCUCAAGGUAGAGCUUUGAGAGACACGUUCAAGUCGCUUUCUCAUCUACGAGCAGCUAAGCAACUACGUCUGUUGUACGAGUGUGGAGAAGAUGCGGAUUGGGAAGAGAUCCUUGAACAGAGAGUGGAAUGGCUUCGAAGCAACUCGGAACGUUUACACCAACGAUGCUUUGAAAACGUACACGCAUUGCUCAUUGAUGAUGGCCUUGCCUUGCCAGACAAAGUCUUCCCCUACAACUACCACGACCGAUAUACCAAGGCACCUACCAAACGCAUCGUACGCAUUGAAACUGUUGCUGAGCGGCUGAUGGAAAUUCUUGUGCAGGAUUCAUCAGAAGACGACUUGGCGAAAAGUAAAUUUCUGCCAAAAAUCUGGACCGACUUUACCAACGAAUUUGAGAGGACAAUCCAAGAGGCCGUAGAGGACGAAAAUGUCGCUGGUUUCAAGUCUGUCGUAUGCUACCGGACGGGGCUGGAUAUUGAGCCUGAAUACGAUGAAGCUGCAAAAGCAGUGGGCCACCCUUUCGAGCGCUACGUGAAGACCUGCAUUCGUAAACGCAACUUUCGAAUGGAAAAGAAGCCUCUGAAUGAUUACCUAGUGCUGCGAACACUUGAGAUACUUUCGGAGCGGUUAACGCAUCCUGAUUCGCUUGCGAAGCCAUUUCAGCUGCACACCGGCCUAGGCGAUAACGAUAUCAACUUGCUGGAGUCCAACCCUGCCUUUCUUCAGCCGUUGAUAGAAAAUUACCCACAAGUCCCUUUUGUCAUUCUUCACUCGGCAUAUCCAUAUACACGCGAAGCGGGCUACCUUGCAACUGUUUACCGACAUGUAUACCUGGACAUUGGCGAAGUCUUCCCCAUGGUCAGCAGAGAUGGUCAGAGAGCGGUCCUCCGUCAAGCUUUGGAGUUGGUUCCCGGUAGCAAGCUCCUCUACUCUAGCGACGGUCAUUGGUUCCCAGAGACUUUCUGGCUUGCUAAUGUGCAGUUCCGUGAAGUAUGGCUAGAGAGAGGCGAUCUUACUCCUCACCAAGCCAUCGGUAUGACGAAAGAUAUCAUGUUCAAUAACUCUAAUGUCCUCUAUGACCUGCGUUACCAAGCAGUCGAGUCGGCUUCUCCUUACGUACCACCAAACUUUCCUCCGCCACCAAAAGUUCCGCAAGUAUAUGAUAUUGAACUGUUUAAAAGUUUCAUGGAGAAUAACCCACAUAUCAAGUUUUUCUAUGUGCAAUGGCUGGACUACACAGCCACGGUUCGGAGCCGUGUAGUUCCCAUAAGAGAAUUCACACGGAUAAUAGAUGAAGGCAGACGUAUAGGUAUCUCGCGAGGUACCACUGGCAUUUUACAAAAUGACGGCCCGACUCCUGUCAUGAACACUACAGGUCAAAUUUAUGUUGAGCCUGACCUACGUUCUCUUUGCCGGACGCACAAUAAGGAUCCUCUCCCAGCCGCCACGGUAUUUAGUUACUGGCGCUCAGAGAACGGGUCUGCUCUUCCUGAAGAUCCACGUAACAAUCUGGAGAUACUUAUCAACGACCUACAAUACAACUACUCAGCCACUCUGCUCAUAGGGUUUGAGAUUGAAGUUACAUUCCUCCGUAGGAACACAGCGUCGCCAUCCGCCAAUGCCUCCUCAGCAGAGCCGUCGCCACUGACAAAGACGCACGCUUGGAGUACCAUGUCGCCUGAACAGUGGAAUCAACUGCCCUUCCUGGGUGAGAUUGUACUCGCGCUUGAAGACAUGGGUAUCGAGCUCCAACAAUUCCAUGCCGAGUCUGCCCCAGGCCAAUAUGAAUUUGUCCUGCCGCCGCAACCGCCGCUCCUGGCCAUCGACACAUUGAUCCAAGCACGGCAGGCGAUUGCACAAAUAGCCAGUCUGCACGACUUGCGAGCAACGCUGCACCCACAGCCGUUUGAAGGAAUAGGUACCGCAGCCCACGCACACAUUAGUUUGCACCCACCAGAUCGCGACAUGCAGUUCUUCGUGGGAGGCAUAUUGAGACAUCUACCUGCCAUCUGUGCAUUCACUAUGCCACAAGAAGAUAGUUACGCAAGAGUCAAGGAUAAUUCUUGGUCCGGAGGAUCCUGGGUAGCAUGGGGGACUCAGAACCGCGAAACCCCUCUCCGCCGCGUUGAGUCAGGCCACUGGGAAAUCCGCGCGUUAGACGGGACGGCAAACAUUUACUUUGCGCUCUCUGCACUGUUGGCAGCAGGUAUCCUCGGUCUCGCGGCCAACGAACCCGCAUCUGCGUACCCGGAACGCGACAUGUCUGUCAAUCCGGCGAAGCUGGAUGAUGAGGAUCGCGCUCAACUGGGUGUGACGCAGAUGCUGCCCAAGAGUCUGGGCGAGGCAAUGGAUGCGUUGCAUAGGGAUGCGGCGCUGCAUGAGGCGUUGGCUCCGGGGCUGGUGAGGGACUAUUUGGCUAUCAAGGACGCGGAGAGGCGCAUGUUGGGGGCCAUGUCUGAGUAUGAGCGCAGGAUGUUUUUGAUUGAUAGGUAUUAGAGGGAUGUGUGGACUUUUGCAAGCUUUUGCAGUAAAUGGACGACUUCUCGAGACGAAUGUAAGUAGGCAAGGCGUUUUGAAUUAGUCAUCAAGUAUACAUUUUUUUUUUGUUAUUUCCUUCUAUACAGCAUUCACACUGCUCUGUAUACGGGUAUAUAUCUCUCUAUCUACAUACUUUCUUUUUUUCUCCCCCUCGUCUCAAAUCAACCCUAACCCCUUCAUCUUGCCCACCAUAGCCUUGGCCUUUACGUCUCCCCCCGCACCAUCAUGCGCCCGCUUAGCAUGUCUAAUCAACUCGCCUCUCCAGCGCCAAUAGCU